UUCGUUUUCAACUCGUAGUUUGUUUUGAUUAAUUCUACGAAAAGAUCGCCUUUAACCGCCUUAACGGGCCCUUAAAUUCUACUAUGAAAGAUAGACCUAGUUCUUUUGGUCUAUCGAUAGUGGAUUAACUCAAGAAGUUGACAAUCGCGUAAAGAACCCGUCUGAAAAAAGAACAUGGAAGCCGACCAAAGAUUCACACGUGUGACUCAAGAUCCGCGAUUUAAAAAAAUCUCACAGAAGGAGAAGAAACUUAAGAUCGAUGGACGAUUUCAGAAAAUGUUUACGGAUACGAGCUUCACAACAAAAUAUUUUGUUGACAAGCGUGGCUCAAAAGUUCAACGAACAUCUAAAGAAGAUCUUCACAAAUUUUAUGAAAUGUCAGAGGAAUCAGACAAAGAAGAGGAUAAAAAAGACUGGGAAGAAGGGAUUGAAAAGAAAGGUGUCAACAUGCCAAUGGUCAGAAACAAAAUGAAGAGAAAAGAAAAGAAGGAAUUAAGACCUACGCAGAAAAACAAAAAGAUAACAGAGAAGCUUCAGAAAUCCCACAGUAGUGACGAGGAAGGAACUGAAGAAAGCAUUUCAGAUUUAAAACAAAUUGAUAGCAAAAAGAGACACAAAGAUGACAACGACAUUGAUGAGGAUGAUGAUGUGAGCUCUGGUAAUGAAGAAGUGGACAUUCUCAGGGGAGAAGGAGACAUAGAAUCUUCAUCAGAUGAGGAGAGUGAAGGCAUUCCUCAAAUUCAAACAAAAAAGGAAGAUGUGGAGCAUCCUUGGGGAGAAAUGAGUGUUUCGACCAAAAUUACAGAAGAUGCUACAAGACGUCUUGCUGUGUGCAAUCUUGAUUGGGACAGAGUGACAGCCACUGACCUGUUUGUCCUGUUUAACUCCUUCAAACCCAGAGAAGGUAUCAUUCAGUCUGUCAAGAUUUAUCCCUCAGAAUAUGGACUAGAACAAAUGGCAAAAGAGGAAUCCCAAGGGCCAGUAGAGCUUAAAGAUAAUGUCAGUGACAAUGAUGAAGCAGAAGAUGAUAAAAACAGAGAGAGACUGCAGAAGUCCUCUAUGACGAAUGUGAUGGAACAGAAUUUGAGCUGAGUGGAAAUUUACUCGACUUGAGGUACAUCCCUGAAGAUAUGGAGUUUGAUCAGGAACCCCACUCCGUAGCCACAGAACUACCAGCUGUGGGCAUGUAUACUGCACCAGAGUUUUGCACAACAGCUCUUCAUCAAACAAAUGUCAAAUUAACAUGGGAUGAAACUGAUCUUGGACGACAAAGAACGACCAUGAGGAAAUUCACCAAAGAAGAUAUACUUGAAAUGGAUUUUAAUGCCUAUCUGGCAUCCUCCUCAGAUGAAGAUGAACCAGAAGGAAAUGAGAAUGGUAAUUAUGACUUGUCUGAUGACGAGGACAAGAAAAUUGAAAAGUACAAGGGACUCUUAAAGGAGAUUGAAGACAAAGAGUGCAAGUCAGACAGAGAUCAGGAGUUGGAGAUUACUUGGGAACCAGGCCUUCAAGAAACUACACAAGAACUGGUGACCAGUAAGCUAAAAGAGAAAGAGAGACCACAGAUGACACCAUGGGAGAGAUAUUUACAGAAUAAAACAGAAAAAAGGAAAGAGAAACGAAAGGAGAAGGAAACUCUAAACAACAAUCACAUCACUUCGCUGUGGAUCCUUCAGACCCACAAUACAGGAAAACUAAAGCCAUGCAGACAAUUCUAGUGGAACGACAGAAAAGAAGAGAAAGGUCAGAAGUUGAAAAAGCUCAGCCAGGCCAGAAAACAGGAGAUCAAAGCCUCAGAAAAGAUCCGAGCUUAUCGCUGCUGAUAAAAUCUGUGAAGUCAAAAACAGGACAAUUCUACGAGCAGAAGAAGAAAAAGAAAAUAAAGCACACUUAGCCAGAAACACUCAAGUCAACACUCCUACUCUCGCCCAGCUUCUUUUUCCUCAAAUGAGCGGAGUAAAUAUUGCGAAUAAAAUGACGCGCAAAACAUUGAAAUGACAUGGCCAUUCGUUUAAAUCUUCGAAUCACCCCCGGUCGACGACGUUCACGAAGACUCAUCGGAAACACUUGGGGACUUCCACAAGUAUUCACUGUUAUGUAAACAAAGAUUGUGGGAACAAUUUACAACAUGUGGAAAAUCUCCUAAAAAAUAUGGACACUCGGCUGGAAUGACAUCAUCAUCAAUAAAAUUUUUAAAACGUUUGAUUUAUAUUCCACUUUGCUUUCAAUGAUAUUUACGAACUUAAAACCCUUAAAACGCACAGGCAUUUGAAAGUCUCACUAACUCUAUCAUUCUGAACUUUAGAAUAAACAGAUUGUUCACAGGCCUGUGACUUUUUAAAGAGAACCAAUUGCUUCACCACGUUUCUAUUUUCACGCAGAUAUAACUGCCGUGACUUUGAAACGUAGCAGAAACGUCAACCUGUGAAU